GAGGGAAAGGUGGGGGCAAGAGGGAAGGCGAGACACAGAGAGGGAGACAGAGCCCCACAGUGAGAGGAAGGAAGGAAGGAAGGCGACAGUCGCCGGCAGCCGCUGUGAACACCGGACUCCGUGCGCUCUUCGCCGCCUCUGCCCGGCCUCAUCGAUGUUGUGUCCGCCGCCCGCUCGCCCGGAUCACGAUGAACGCACAGCUGACCAUGGAGGCGAUCGGCGAGCUGCACGGGGUGAGCCAUGAGCCGGUUCCAGCCCCCGCCGACCUGCUGGGCGGCAGCCCCCACGCGCGAAGCUCCGUGGCGCACCGCGGCAGCCACCUGCCCCCCGCGCACCCGCGCUCCAUGGGCAUGGCGUCCCUGCUGGACGGCGGCGGCGGCGGCAGCGAUUACCACCACCACCACCGGGCCCCCGAGCACAGCCUGGCCGGCCCCCUGCACCCCACCAUGACCAUGGCCUGCGAGACUCCCCCAGGUAUGAGCAUGCCCACCACCUACACCACCUUAACCCCUCUGCAGCCGCUGCCGCCCAUCUCCACCGUCUCGGACAAGUUCCCCCACCAUCACCACCACCACCACCACCACCACCACCACCCGCACCACCACCAGCGCCUGGCGGGCAACGUGAGCGGUAGCUUCACCCUCAUGCGGGACGAGCGCGGGCUGGCCUCCAUGAAUAACCUCUAUACCCCCUACCACAAGGACGUGGCCGGCAUGGGCCAGAGCCUCUCGCCCCUCUCUGGCUCCGGUCUGGGCGGCAUCCACAACUCCCAGCAAGGGCUCCCUCACUAUGCCCACCCGGGCGCCGCCAUGCCCACCGACAAGAUGCUCACCCCCAACGGCUUCGAAGCCCACCACCCGGCCAUGCUCGGCCGUCACGGGGAGCAGCACCUCACUCCCACCUCGGCCGGCAUGGUGCCCAUCAACGGCCUUCCUCCGCACCACCCCCACGCCCACCUGAACGCCCAGGGCCAUGGGCAACUCCUGGGCACAGCCCGGGAGCCCAACCCCUCGGUGACCGGUGCGCAGGUUAGCAAUGGAAGUAAUUCAGGGCAGAUGGAAGAGAUCAAUACCAAAGAGGUGGCGCAGCGUAUCACCACCGAGCUCAAGCGCUACAGCAUCCCACAGGCCAUCUUCGCGCAGAGGGUGCUCUGCCGCUCUCAAGGGACUCUCUCGGACCUGCUGCGCAACCCCAAACCCUGGAGCAAACUCAAGUCCGGCCGAGAGACCUUCCGGAGGAUGUGGAAGUGGCUGCAGGAGCCCGAGUUCCAGCGCAUGUCUGCGCUCCGCUUAGCAGCAUGCAAAAGGAAAGAGCAAGAACACGGGAAGGAUAGAGGCAACACACCCAAAAAGCCCAGGUUGGUCUUCACAGAUGUCCAGCGUCGAACUCUACAUGCAAUAUUCAAGGAAAAUAAGCGUCCAUCCAAAGAAUUACAAAUCACCAUUUCCCAGCAGCUGGGGUUGGAGCUGAGCACCGUCAGCAACUUCUUCAUGAACGCGAGGAGGAGGAGUCUGGACAAGUGGCAGGACGAGGGCAGCGCCAAUUCAGGCAACUCAUCUUCUUCAUCAAGCACUUGUACCAAAGCAUGAAGGAAUAACCACGAACUAAAACCUCGGUGGAAAAGCUUUAAAUAAAAAAAAUUUUUAAAAGACCAGGACCUCAAGAUAGCAGGUUUAUACUUAGAAAUAUUUGAAGAAAAAAAAAGUGUUAUUUAUAGUCCAAAGAAACCAAAGACUGAGCUCACCUGCAUUCUGACUUUGUUCGGAGACACACACGUCAGCGGGGCGACGACUUGGCAAGAAACAUGAUGAGUGGGAAAACACCACUGGAUCUCACACCUUCAAUCCAUGAUCAUUCUCGCUGUGCUUGGCUGUUUUGUGGUUUGGAGCAUAGUGGUUUUGAGCCAUUGAGUGGACAUCUUUUAAGAUCGAACUUUCUCAUCUGUUCCACCGCGCCACGAAGGUGUAUGGUGUCUCAGUACUGUGUGUGCACACGCACACACACACACACCACCAGUGGUUAGGGACUUAGGCAGGGCUGGUCUUCAGGAAGGGUUGUGCUGUAGGAGUGCAACCAACACAGUGUGGGGUUGUCUGAGUUCAUUGGAUUAGGAGUGUGGUUUCACUCACCUAGCCUAGUGUUUGAACCUGCCAGGCCUGCAACCUAAAUGCAGAUUCAAACCCAGCAAAGGAAAUUUGAAUGACACCUAAACCAGUGCAUUCUCUUUGUUUGUUAAGGAAUGUUCAGAUAUUUUUUAAGAAAUGAAACAAGAGUCCAUCCAUUAAAAAAAAAAUCACCUAGGUACCAAAGAACACACUUAAUAUUAUAGUGCAGGUAUUUUAUUGCAAUGAUUUUAAUAACCAAAGCUAUUUUUACACAAGAUACUAUGUAAAGUUAUACGUAUGAACUGAUCUAGCUGUAAUACACAUGCCACAUAGAAUCAUGACUAUUAUUUAUGACUCUUGAAGCAUUUGAAAUAUUAGUUUUCAGAACUGGCAAGAAAGAAUGUAGCUUCAGGGAAGCAAUUAAUAUCAUAACAGAGAGGUCGCUGCAGAAUACAUGUACAUCCAGAUGGCACACUCCCUUUCGGGAUCCAUAAAUGUCACAUAGGUAGACAUAGACAUGAUUCCACAAUCUGUUCAGAGCUGAGAAAACCUGGGGAUUCUUCCAAAGUAGGACCCCAUUUAUAAACUGGACAACUAAGUUUAACAGGGCAGGUAACUAAAUUAGAAAAUUUGUUCAAAGUAAUGCUUUUUGGUAAAAGACCAAUGAAUAAAGAAUUCCAU